UAAUCCCUUGCAAAAAAGAACAAAUUGUUGCGUGGGUUGCAUUUGCAGACUGGUAUAUGUAGCACAUGGAUAGAUGGGCCGUAGAUCCAUCCAGUUGGUUUGGAUGGGGGCAGCUAGCGGCUAGCGCUACUCCCGCCCGAUGCUGUGCUGCCGCGCCACCGCCUCCCUCCCGCCGUCUCCUCCCACCCCCUCGCAUGCCGCCGACCCGCACGCGCGCCUGAGGGCGGCGGCGGCGCGCUCCGACCUCCCGGGCGCGCUCGCCGCCUUCGCCGCCAUGCCCUCCGCCCCCGCGGCCGCGCGCCCCGUCCUCCGCACCUUCACCGCGCUCCUCAAGCUCUGCGCGGCGCGCGCCGACCUCGCCACGGGCCGCGCCGUCCACGCGCAGCUCGCCGCGCGGGGGCUCGCCUCCGAGUCCCUCGCCGCCACCGCCCUCGCCAACAUGUACGCCAAGUGCCGCCACCCCACCGACGCGCGCAUGGUGUUCGACCGGAUGCCCGCCAGGGACCGCGUCGCCUGGAACGCGCUCGUCGCCGGCUACGCGCGGAACGGCCUCCCCGAGGCCGCCAUGGAGAUGGUCGUCCGGAUGCAGGAGGAGGACGGGGAGCGGCCCGACUCCGUCACGCUCGUGUCCGUGCUGCCAGCCUGCGCCAGCGCCCGGGCGCUCCGCGCGUGCAGGCAAGUCCACGCGUUCGCGCUCCGCGCCGAGCUUGAUGAGCUCGUGAACGUCUCCACGGCGAUUCUUGACGCGUACUGCAAGUGCGGAGCGAUCGAGGCAGCGAGGGCUGUCUUCGAUUGGAUGCCGGUCAGGAACUCUGUGUCCUGGAACGCCAUGAUCGAUGGGUACGCCCAGAGCGGCAACGCCACGGAGGCGCUGGCUCUGUUCAAGAGGAUGGUUAAGGAGGGUGUGGAUGUGACGGAUGCGACCAUACUGGCAGCACUGCAAGCGUGCGGAGAGCUUGGACAUCUUGAUGAGGCGAGACAUGUUCAUGAGCUACUUGUGAGGAUCGGCCUCAAGUCAAAUGUGUCGGUGAUGAACGCCCUUAUCACCACGUACUCCAAGUGCAAGAGGACUGACCUUGCUGCCCAGGUUUUCAAUGAACUGGGCAACAAAAAGACACGGAUCUCGUGGAAUGCCAUGAUCCUUGGCUUCUCGCAGAAUGGAUGCUCUGAGGACGCAGUGAGGCUUUUCUCUACUAUGCAGUUGGAAAAUGUGAAACCUGAUUCGUUCACUCUUGUCAGCGUGAUUCCUGCGGUUGCGGAGAUUUCAGAUCCUCUGCAGGCAAGAUGGAUCCAUGGAUAUUCAAUCAAGCACCACCUAGACCAGGACAUCUAUGUCCUCACAGCCCUUAUUGACAUGUACUCUAAAUGUGGGCGUGUCACCAUGGCUAGACGGCUCUUCGAUUCUGCAAGGCAGAGGCAUGUUAUCACCUGGAACGCGAUGAUCCAUGGGUAUGGCUCACAUGGUUUUGGCAAGGUUGCAGUCGAGCUGUUUGAAGAGAUGAAGGUCACUGGCAAUUUGCCCAACGAGACAACAUUCCUCUCGGUCCUUGCGGCAUGCAGUCACGCUGGUUUGGUUGACCAAGGACGGAGAUAUUUUGCUAGCAUGAAGGAGGACUAUGGGCUUGAACCUGGGAUGGAGCACUAUGGCACCAUGGUGGAUCUUCUUGGGCGAGCUGGGAAGUUAGAUGAAGCAUGGUCAUUUAUAAAAGACAUGCCUAUACAACCUGGCAUUAGUGUGUAUGGUGCAAUGCUAGGUGCUUGCAAGUUGCACAAGAAUGUGGAAUUGGCGGAAGAAUCAGCACAGAAGAUCUUUGAGCUGGGGCCAGAGGAGGGGGUGUAUCAUGUCCUCUUGGCAAACAUUUAUGCAAAUGCUUCUAAGUGGAAGGACGUUGCACGGGUGAGGACUGCCAUGGAGAAGAAAGGCCUCCAGAAGACUCCUGGAUGGAGUAUUAUUCAGCUAAAAAAUGAGGUCCAUACCUUCUACUCUGGAAGCACAAAUCACCAGCAAGCAAAGGAAAUAUAUGCAAGGCUGGCUAAGCUGAUAGAAGAGAUCAAAGCUGUGGGCUAUGUGCCAGACACUGAUUCAAUUCAUGAUGUAGAAGAGGAUGUCAAGGCACAGCUGCUUAACACUCACAGUGAGAAGCUUGCAAUUGCAUAUGGGCUCAUUCGAACAGCCCCUGGAACAACAAUUCAGAUAAAGAAGAACCUUCGAAUUUGUAACGACUGUCAUAAUGCGACCAAGUUAAUAUCUCUGGUGACAGGACGGGAAAUAAUCAUGAGAGAUAUUCAACGAUUUCACCAUUUCAAGGAUGGUACAUGUUCAUGUGGAGACUAUUGGUAGUGAAAUGUUGAAGGUUGUCUGAAUAUGCAUUUUCAGAUUAGGGACCUCAUGGAGCUGGUUUAAAACUAAGAAUACUAAACUAGACUAGCAGGUGCAGCAUUACAUCUUAUGGUGGGUUAAAGAAGUUGGAUGGGUACCUUCCAUGUCCAGGCACCUGUGUAAGCAACAAGCUUGGGGACACUGACGUCGCCAAACGACAUGGAAUCAUUAGAACUCCCUGCUGUGCCGUAAUGAACAAUGCCAGACACGCUAAAGACAUCCAUGAGAGUCUGUACAGUGACAGCUGCAUUCAACUGGAAAACAAAGAGGUAAUGGUAACAGGUACACCAGUAUCUGAGUUUACCUUGCAGGUCGCUACCAGGUGCUGGAAAACGGCACCGGAAAAGUCAACUGGGAACAGAACAGUGAGGCAUGCACGUACGGAAGAGAUGACUGACAGGUCAGCGUGCGGAUUGGCAAACGGACGGCCGAGAUUUACCGUAGAGGUCAACGAACGGGAGGACGCGCCAGGGCGUGAAGUAGCCGGAGGCCUGUAGCGCGGUGGCCUCGUCGACGUAGGACAUGACGAGGCCGAGGGAGGGGCCUCGCCGGUUGACCCUGUCCACCUGCCAGCGCGCGCGGUCCAUGUCCGGCUGCUGCGCCGGCAAGGCCGAGGCCGAGGCCACGAGCAGCAGCGCGAAGAGCAGGACCUGAAGCGGGGUCGCUGCGCCGGAGGCGGAGAUGAGCGCCAUGGCCAUGGCUGGCCGGAGCUUGUUAUUAGUGGCCUAGCUAGUGGGCGUCUUGUCUGCCUGCUGCGUGCUAAGAAGGGUGCGUCGGAGCUGCAGGCAGAGGGACGGUCCGUCGUGGACCUCGUGGUGUGUCGGUACCACGGCAGAGAAGAGGGAGGGAGGGUUGGUGCAUGCUAUUCGAUGCGAUGGAUGGGGGGCGUGAUCCGCGUGCUUCAUUUUACAAGUGGCAGCAGUGACGAUGAACAAGGAACCCAAUGCAAGGAGCUGAUGCCCUAUUGGCUUGGCCUUGCGUGCUCUCACUCUCUCCUCCUGAACUUUGAGAUGAAUCCGUGUUUCCUCUCUAAAUAAUAAAACCGUCCAUCUGA